AUGUCUGGCAAGUACGUCUUCACCCAGGGCCUGAAGGAGCUCCGCUUCCUCUUCUGCCAAACCUCUGAGGCAAGCGCUGCCACACGGUCCUUCAUCAACCGCGCCUACCCGACCAUGAAGAAGCACAACCCCCAGACUCCCAUCAUGAUCCGCGAAGCCGCGGGCACCCAGCCACGAGUGUACGCCCGAUAUGCUUUCGGCCAGGAAAAGCAAGAAGCAUUGGCCGGCCUGUCGGAUGCCCAGAUCGAAGAGCGCAUUACACAAUUGGUGAAGCAGCAGCUUUAG